AUGUUUCAGCGUGCUGCUGCCUUGCUGCUUGCGUUGGUGGCGACGCGUGAGGAUGCUCGUAAGAAGUAUCUGCCAGAUCUCGUUAAGUCGUGUGUAGCUGUUAUCGAAGACUGUACGGACACCGGCUCCGAUAGCACCAAGCUUCUUGGCAGCUUGCAUCUUCUUGUUGCGAUUUUAAAAGAAGGAAAACGUGAAGACCUGCUCGUCUUGGUUGAUACCAUACUGAAAGCAUUACAGCGCUCUGCUGUCCUCAGACAUUCGGACCUCGUUGUGAAGAAACAGGCAGUGAAAGUGGCGCAGAGAUUGGGAUUGGUCUUUCUAAGACCAGUGUUUGCCAAAUGGCGCUACGAUCGUGGGCAUCGUUGUCUUGCAACUACCAGCCUUAAAACCGGCACUGAUGAACAAGGACCAGUUGAAUGUGUGAAGACGGAUGAUGACGACACUGCCGAUGAUGAAGACUAUGCUGUUGCACAUGCUGAAUUUGCCAAAUGGCGCUACGAUCGUGGGCAUCGUUGUCUUGCACCUACUGGCCUUAAGGCCGGCACUGAUGAACAAGGACCAGUUGAAUGUGUGAAGACGAAUGAUGACGACACUGCCGAUGAUGAAGACUAUGCUGUUGCACAUGCCGAACUGUGCAUGAAUUUAUCAUUUCGUUUUUUUUUGCAGUUGGAGACAGUGCUGCGGAUGCUGCUUGACGCUCUGCGAGAUUGCGGCACGAAUUUACGAUGGACAAGCGCCAAGGGUAUCGGUCGAAUUGUGUCCCGAUUACCGAAGCAUUUCGCAAAUGAUGUGCUCAACAGUAUCAUUAAAUUUAACUUCGAUCCUCAUUCCGGCAACGCCGCUUGGCAUGGUGGUUGUUUGGCGAUUGCAGAACUCUGCAGGCGUGGCUUUCUCCCGCUCGAAAGACUUACGGAUGUUGUUGGAGUAACCAGAAAGGCUCUUGUGUUUGAAGAGCAACAAGGUCGUUAUUCCGUGGGAGCAAAUGUUCGCGAUGCAGCUUGUUAUAUAUGCUGGUCACUGGCACGAACUCUUCGUCCCUCAGAUUUGAAAGAUUUCAUGGAGCAGAUCGCAACAUCUCUCGUAUGUGCAGCUCUGUUCGAUCGUGAGGUCAAUGUACGAAGAGCAGCAAGUGCGGCGUUUCAAGAGAACGUUGGCCGGCAAGGGACGUUCCCAAACGGCAUCGAGAUACUUACAAAAAUCGACUAUUUUGCAGUGGGCCAGCGUAACAGAACUUAUUUGGAGAUCCCCUCUCAAAUAGUGCAAUAUCGGCUAUAUGUACGGCCGAUCAUCGAGCAUCUGAUAGAUUUCAAGGUUGAUUAUUUUCACCACAAUUUAAAAUAA